AGCAGAAGAGCACCUCGUCUGGUUAACUCCAAAACAAAGGCAGAAUCCACACGCAAAGGGCAGCGCAAUGGCCUGUUAUGCUACAGUUCAUCCGUGAGCAAACGUGUCCGUCGCACGUGAUAUUUUGUACCCAGAAACAGGGAAAACUUAGGACAGAGUGCUUUGGCCAUGGUGGUGGUGUGGCUCAAGUGGACGCCCCACAUUGGUCUUUUGCAGUCUUUAUAAAAGCUUUUGCAGAAGGAACAAAACCAAGCGCAACCACAAAAUACCAAACAAACUCCCUAUCUUAAACCGCUCAAGAUUUGCCCUUUUUGAGCAUAUAACAACGACAUACUGAGUAGAGGUUCUCUGGAACAAACCGGACCCAAUGGAUGAUUCGAAAUCUCAAUCCCAUGGCCACAUAGUGAUGCUCCCUUUCAUGGCACAUGGCCAUCUCAUCCCCUUCCUCGCCCUCGCCCGCCGCAUCCGCCGCCAAACCCCCUUCGCCGUCACUCUCGCCGCCACCCCUCUCAACCUCUGGUACCUCCGCUCCACCAUGUCCCCUGACGACGACGACUCCGGAAUCCGAUUCCACGAGCUCCCAUUCCGCAGCUCCGACCACGGCUUGCCCCCCGACACCGAGAACACUGAGAACUUGCCGCUCAGUCAGAUCGGCAUGCUUUUCCGCUCGUCUGUGUCCCUUGCUACCCCCGUAGAGCGCCUCAUCUCCGACAUAACGGCCGAAGAGGGCAGGCCACCGCUUUGCGUGAUCUCGGAUGUGCUCUUCGGGUGGUCUGUGGACAUCGCCAGGAGGCUUGGGACGAAGAGCAUCACCUUCACCACGGGCGGCGCAUACGGCACUCUGGCCUACGUCUCCAUCUGGGUUCACCUCCCACACCGCUCGACUGAUACUGAGGAGUUCUCGGUGCCUGGAUUCCCCGAACGGUGCCGGUUCCACCGCUCUCAGCUCCACCGAUUCAUUCGAGAGGUGGAGCCUACGGAUGAGUGGUCCAAGUUCUUCCAGGUUCAGAUCAAGCUCACUUUAGCCUCGGAUGGUUGGUUAUGCAACUCGGUAGAGGAAAUUGAGCCUCUUGGGUUCGAUCUCUCGAGGAAGUACUUGAAGCUUCCUGUUUGGGCCAUUGGUCCACUAAUCCCCUCUCGCAUGCUCCGAAAAUCAUCACCAAUCUCUCCUAACUCUAGAUCAAAAUCCCUCCAAAAGCAUACGGGAAAAGCUUUUGGAGUGUCCCCAGAGAAAUGCCUAGACUUCCUCAGUUCACAUAGUCCAAACUCUGUUUUGUACAUUUCCUUUGGUUCACAAAACACUAUAAGUCCUAGCCAGAUGAUGCAGUUAGCCAUUGGUUUGGAAUCAAGUGGCAAGCCUUUCCUUUGGGUCAUUAGGCCGCCCCUCGGUUUUGAUACCAAGGGUGAGUUCCGACCCGAGUGGUUGCCACUGGGUUUCGAGGACCGAGUGACCGGGAGCAACCAAGGAUUGCUAGUGCGGAAUUGGGCACCACAAUUAGAUAUCCUCUCGCACGGCUCGACGGGAGCAUUCCUAAGCCACUGCGGAUGGAACUCGAUCAUGGAGAGCCUGAGCCAGGGGGUGCCCAUCUUGGGGUGGCCGAUGGCAGCCGAGCAGGCGCACAACGCCAAGAUGAUGGUGGAGGAGAUGGGGGUGUGCAUCGAGCUUGCGUGCGGGGUCGAGAGCCGGAUCGAAGCCGAGGAAGUGAAGCGGGUGAUCGAAAUGGUGAUGGAAGGGGAAGGAGAAGGAGGGGAGAUGAGGAAGAGGGCCAAUGCAGUGAUGGGACAAAUGAGGGAAGCUGUGAAGGAAGGCAGUGAUGAUGACAAGGGGUCUAGCCUCAAGGCCUUGGAUGAUUUCGUGAGGACCAUCCUAGGUGAUUCUACAAAUCGUACAUUCUCAUUCCUUUAAGUCAAGCAUGGCUCGAAAAGUGUCGGCAAAUUUUAUGACAGCUAGAAAUUCGAUGAACUCCACAAAUGUUAAUCGACUCAAAUAGUUUCGUGGGUCGUGGCUAUGUCCUCAAGCAAUUGAACCGUUCUUUCUGUUUAAUGCAGCACUUUUUAUUUGCGUACAAUCUAACUUCUAUGCUUAUAGUAUUGUCUUGAAA